AGGCGUGCAGCCGUCAUGUCAAUACUGGUCCAAUGGAAGGCGGGUCGAGGGGAGGUUCAGGUCUCCGGGAGUUGUUACGCAACUGCGGCUGACAGUAUAAAAGCCCCUCGGCGCGACCCGUCAGUGGGAGCUGACUUCUUCUCUUUGCUAACAAGAACCAGAAUGCUGUGGUACGUGGUGUGCCUGUGUUUCCUGACCCUGGCCUGGGCGCAGGACUGCCAGGUGGCCAACAUUCAGGUCGUUCAGAAUUUCGACAGGAACCGGUACGCAGGGAAGUGGUACGCCGUGGCAAAGAAGGACCCGGAAGGUUUGUUCCUCAUCGACAACAUCGAGGCCGAGUUUAUCGUGGCAGAGGACGGCACCAUGACCGCCAAUGCAAGAGGCAGAGUUAUCAUUCUCAACAAUUGGGAGCUGUGCGCCGAGAUGGUCGCCUCCUUCGAGGAAACUGCCCAACCUGCUAAAUUCAGGAUGAAGUAUUGGGGAGUGGCAGCCUACCUGCAGACUGGAAAUGACGACCACUGGGUCAUCGACACAGACUACGACAACUACGCCAUCCACUAUUCCUGCAGAUUGCUGGAUGCGGACGGCACUUGUCUGGACAGCUACUCUUUCAUAUUCUCCAGACACAUCACGGGCUUGAGGACACAGGACCAACAAGCGGUCACCCAGAAGAAGAUGGAGCUGUGCCUGCUGGGCAAGUACAGACGCGUCAUGCACACGGGCUUCUGCUACGGCAGCAGUUGAUCUAUUCCCGCUCAGGGACUUUCUUAUUGAAGCACCCGCGAGAGGGAUUGAGCACCCCCCCCACCACCAUCGACGUGGAGUGUUUAAACAGAAGCCAGCCUUUUUUUUUCUUCAAAACAAAGCAGAAAAUGUCACAAGUGCGGCGUUUACUGAAACCCGAUGUUCCCAGAAGUCUUUAAAUAUUACCCUCUGUCGCUUCUUCUCAUCACGUAUAUAUGCAUCAGCCGGGAACUACUUAAGAGAAAGCCAAUGUUACAAAAAUGUCUUCAUAUAUAAUAAUAUACAGUUUGUGUUUGAUGUGAGGCUGAACUCUCAGCAGGAGCGCAUCUCUGGAGGAGUCUACCUGGCAUGUUUACAAGAAGAAAAAAAGAAAAGAAAAAAGGCUUCAAAAAUCACUGGCAAUACUUUGGUCUCCUUGUGCACGAAUAGACCUCGUUAACACGGAUAAAUUAAGUCACGGGCUUGGUAUCAUUACGGCACGAUGAUUUUAUUCGACGUACUUGAUAGAGUUUUGUGAAAUAAAUCAUUCAUACUG